ACUUAAGGGCUGGGACUUUCUCUUCUUCCCCACGCGGUCGAGGCGACCGGUAGGCCUUGUCAGCUCGUCUUGCGUGAUGCCGGGAAAACUUCGUAGUGACGCUAAUUUGGAAGCAGACAUGGCCAUGAAAAAAGUGGAGACACUGCGAAAGCAAACUGAGAAGAAAGAGAGAAAAGCAAAAUCCAAAUCAAAUAAGACUAAAGAGGCAGCAGAAGAGGAAGAAACCAUUCCCACCAAUGCAAAACAAGUUAAAAACAAAGCAGGGCCUUCUGAAGUUGAGGUUAAUCCUCCUAAACCAAAGAAGGCAAAAAAGAAAGAGGAACCAUCUCAAGAUGACAUUUCUCCUUCUAAAACGAAAAGUGUGAAAAAGAAAAAGGAGCCCUCUGAAAAGAAAGUUGUUUCUCCUAAAACCAAAAAAGUAAUAAAAAGUGAGGAGCCUUCUGAAGAAGAAGUAGAUGCUCCUAAGCCCAAGAAGGUGAAGAAAGAAAAGGAAGUGAAUGGAGAAAUUGGAGAGAAAAGUCCCAAACUGGAGAAUGGACUCCCUCACUCAGAACCUGAAUCUAACUCCAGCGAAGCUGCCAGUGAAGAAAUGAACAGUGAGACUGAGCAGGAAAUGACUGUGGAACAAAAAGAAGGAGAUUUCUCUAAUUUUCCCAUAUCUGAAGAGACGAUUAAACUUCUCAAAGGCCGAGGGGUGACCUUCCUGUUUCCCAUACAAGCAAAGACAUUCCAUCAUGUCUACAGUGGGAAGGACUUAAUUGCACAGGCACGGACGGGAACUGGAAAGACAUUCUCCUUUGCCAUCCCUUUGAUUGAGAAACUUAGUGAGGAAUUGCAAGACAAGAAGAGAGGCCGUGCCCCUCAGGUACUAGUUCUUGCACCAACAAGAGAGUUGGCAAGUCAAGUAAGCAGAGACUUUAGUGACAUCACAAAAAAGCUGGCAGUGGCUUGUUUUUAUGGUGGAACUCCCUACGGAGGUCAAUUUGAACGCAUGCGGAAUGGGAUUGAUAUCCUGGUUGGGACACCAGGUCGUAUCAAAGACCACAUACAGAGUGGCAAACUAGAUCUUACCAAACUUAAGCAUGUUGUCCUGGAUGAAGUUGACCAGAUGUUGGAUAUGGGUUUUGCUGAUCAAGUGGAAGAGAUUUUAAGUGUGGCAUACAAGAAAGAUUCUGAAGACAAUCCCCAAACGUUGCUUUUUUCUGCAACUUGCCCUCAUUGGGUAUUUAAUGUUGCCAAGAAAUACAUGAAAUCUACAUAUGAACAGGUGGACCUGAUUGGUAAAAAGACUCAGAAAACAGCAAUAACUGUGGAGCAUCUGGCUAUCAAGUGUCACUGGUCUCAGAGGGCAGCAGUUAUUGGGGAUGUGAUCCGAGUGUAUAGUGGUCAUCAAGGACGGACUAUCGUCUUCUGUGAAACCAAGAAAGAAGCCCAGGAGCUCUCACAGAAUACAUCUGUAAAGCAGGAUGCUCAGUCAUUACAUGGAGACAUUCCACAGAAACAAAGGGAAAUCACCUUGAAAGGUUUUAGAAAUGGCAGUUUUGGAGUUUUGGUAGCAACCAAUGUCGCUGCUCGUGGUUUAGACAUCCCUGAAGUUGAUUUGGUUGUACAAAGCUGUCCACCAAAGGAUGUAGAGUCCUACAUUCAUCGUUCCGGGCGGACAGGGAGAGCUGGUAGGACUGGGGUGUGCAUCUGCUUUUAUCAGCACAAGGAAGAAUAUCAGUUAGCACAAGUGGAGCAGAAAGCGGGAAUUAAGUUUAAACGAAUAGGUAUUCCUUCUGCAACAGAAAUAAUAAAAGCUUCCAGCAAAGAUGCCGUCAGGCUGUUGGAUUCUGUGCCUCCCACUGCCAUAAGUCACUUCAAGCAGACGGCCGAGAAGCUGAUAGAAGAGAAGGGAGCUGUGGAAGCCCUGGCCGCAGCACUGGCCCAUAUUUCAGGUGCCACCUCGGUGGACCAGCGCUCCUUGAUCAACUCAGAUGUGGGUUUUGUGACCAUGAUCUUGCGGUGCUCAGUUGAAAUGCCAAACAUUAGUUAUGCUUGGAAAGAACUUAAAGAGCAGCUGGGUGAGGAGAUUGAUUCCAAAGUGAAGGGAAUGGUCUUUCUCAAAGGGAAACUGGGUGUUUGCUUUGAUGUACCUACCGCAUCAGUAACAGAAAUACAGGAGAAAUGGCAUGAUUCCCGACGCUGGCAGCUCUCUGUGGCUACAGAACAACCGGAGCUGGAAGGACCACGGGAAGGAUUUGGUGGCUUCAGAGGUCAACGGGAAGGAAAUCGAGGCUCCAGGGGACAGCGAGAUAGAAGCAGAAACUUCAGGGGACAAAGGGAAGGAAAUAGAAACUUCAGGGGACAGCGAUCAGGAGGUGGCAAGAAAAGUAACAGAUCCUCAAACAAAGGCCAGAAGCGGAGUUUUAGUAAAGCAUUCGGUCAGUAACUAGAAGUAGGGGAUUUAUGUAACCAGAAGAAUUAGGUUUUGCAGCAUAGAACUGAACAUGAUUUUUCAAACAAAGUUGAAAGUUCAUUGUGCUUCCUUUUACCACUUGCCCAGUCCCUGUUUUUCAGACCGACAAGCUUCAUCUAAGUUAUUUUAUGUGAUCAUUAUCAUUUGUAACUUUAUUGCUACUUCAUUAAUAGAUUUUCCUUUUGAAAGGAUGUAUGAAUUCCUUGAUUUUUAUUCUAAUGCAUUGUCUAUAGGUUACAAGAUAAAAAUCAAGCAUGUAUUUGCCUGUACUCUGUAAGUUGACCUGUCCUUAUUCUUAAGAGUGUCUACAUAGUGAUCUUCCUAAAUGAACUACCUAAGGGAGUGUGACAGUCUGAGGACCACUUUGGGCCUUUGCAAGUCAAGGCUCUUUUUGUUCUGUAAUUGGCAUUCCUCAGCCUCCCCCCAACACAUUGCUCAUGGGUCCUGUUAUGUGUCUUCUGAGACUUAGUAUUGAGCAAUGUUUUGAAACAAGAUCUCAAACUUAGCUGGGUUAUAAUCGUUUAUGCAGUGUAUACCCUAGAUUUGGAGGAUGUAGUGUCCUUCAUAGAUUAUCCAUAGUUAUGUGCAUUUGGAUAUAUUUUUAGCUUUGCAUUAUAAGAUGGUUCAUGUUUCAGUGUAUUCUUCACAGAUAGUAUAUAUACAAGUACAUUUUAAUAGUAAGCCAGCAUCUUUGAGGAAUUCAAAAAAUGUGUAAGAUGGCUCCAUAGCUUUCUUUGUAAGAAGGCUGGAUAAAUGGUGCUUAAAUGAUGAGGUACUCCACUUCUUCCUAUUGGAAGAUUAACCUUAUUUACCAAGAAAGGAUUAAGGGAGGAAGAAAGAUUUGCAUUGCUCAAGAGU